AUGAUACUUCAGACACAAAGACUGCUUUCCCUUUUUCGUCGAACAUCCGUGCGUAGAAUGAUUAGCGAUGAUUACAUCCCUCGUGCGUUUCCUGUCAAGGUGACGACUGGGCUCUCUGGCAUUGCAGUGGAGCCGCUGUGGAAGCCAAAGCUGCUGGCAGCUGCUUCAGAACUUCAGGCGUUUCUAGCCACAUCGGACAUACCCCCGGAGUCAACCUAUUAUAAUGUGACAAUGACCCUUGUCAAGCGCAUUAACCACGGCAUCAAGGAGUGCCAGGACGAUUGGUGCACGUUGGAGAAAAAGUACUUCUGGGGUUGGCCAGUAGAAUAUAUCCUACAGGUUACUUGGCGCGAGCUGGAGACAGCACAGAAGUGGAACGAGUGGCGAUUUUGGGAGUUAGAUCCAGAGCAAGUUAAGAAGGUGGCCCGUGAAGACCAAAAUAUUGGCAAAGAGGGUCUGGGAUGUAACUCGCCAUGGGAACAGGUUAUUCGAGAAGAUUUUGACAAGCGUAAAAAAGCAUUGACACAGGAAGAGAUGGCAGAGCUGAAGCGGAUGGAUACGGAGCGUAUGUCGCGCGAAACGGCUGCCUAUAAGGAGCGGAAGGAUCGCAUUAGGAGUGAUUUAGAACGCGCCCGUGGCGACAUGCUCAAGAAGUUCUUAAAUAAACGGUAUGCUGUGGAUAAGGACCUUGCGCGCAUGCAGCCGGGUAUGAAGCAUAGUGAAAAGACUUCGGAUGAUCUCAUUCGCGAACUGCGAGCAUCUGUGCAACAAAACCCAGAGAUUAAUAAGGAUGAGCAGCGAAAAUAG